GCUCUAUUAGAGAAUAGGGGGUUUCUGUGGUGGAAACUGAAGCUGGAGAGGAAUACAGCGGAACCACACAUUUUUUUCAGCUGGAAAUGCGGGGCGGGGACGCCAAAUCUGUUUCUUUCCAGCAUAUUUAUAUAACAAGUGUGAUGGAUGUUUAGGUGCCCGCCCCGUUUUGUGUUGCUUUCUUCCACUCCUUUAGCUGCUUUGUGCACUGAAGUGCUGCCUGGUUUCUUUUCAGGCUGUUGUAGUUCACGCUCCCGGUGACAGAUCACUGAAGGCUCCCAGGCUUGGCUUGGCUUCUCCCCCCAGGAAGAAUGGCUGCAGCCAGGAGAGUGAUCAAAACUGUUCUUAGCAAGGAACAGUCAGAAGGGGUCGGGGCUCGAGUGCGCAGAAGUAUUGGGAGGCCAGAGUUAAAAAAUUUGGACCCAUUUCUGCUGUUUGAUGAGUUCAAAGGAGGCAAACCAGCUGGUUUUCCUGACCAUCCUCACCGAGGUUUUGAAACUGUUUCGUACCUACUGGAGGGUGGUUCCAUGGCCCAUGAAGACUUCUGUGGCCACACAGGCAGACUGAACCCAGGAGAUUUACAGUGGAUGACAGCUGGUCGUGGAAUUCUACAUGCAGAGAUGCCUUGCUCUGAAGAACCAGCCCAUGGCCUACAGCUUUGGGUCAACUUGAGAAGCUCUGAGAAAAUGGUGGAACCACAGUACCAAGAACUGAAGAAUGAAGAAAUACCUAAACCUUCACAGAAUGGUGUGACAGUGGCUGUCAUUUCAGGAGAGGCUCUGAAUAUAAAGUCCAAGGUGUAUACUCGCACGCCAACACUGUACCUGGAUUUCAAGUUAGACGAAGGAGUGAAACACACACAGGCAAUUCCUAAAGGCUGGACAGCAUUUAUUUACACCCUUUCUGGUAAUGUGUACAUUGGUCCUAGUAAUGAUCAGCAAAAAGUAGAAGCCCACUACACUGCUGUGUUGGAUGAUGGUGACUGUGUGCAACUGGAAAACAAGGAUUCCACGAUAAGCCAUUUUGUCUUAAUUGCUGGUGAACCAAUUAAAGAAGCUAUAGUACAAUAUGGUCCAUUUGUGAUGAACACACAGGAAGAAAUUCUGCAAGCCAUUGAUGACUUCAGAAAAGCUAGAAAUGGAUUUGAGAGAGCAACCACUUGGAAAUCAAAGAUUGGGAACUAAGUAACAACAGCAGAAGUGAGACAGG